UGCGCCUGAAUGUAAAUAUAAGAACAUGGACCCGCUGGUUGACUAAUCGAUUUUAAUCGUAAAAUUUUGUUAAAUUUACCGAGUCGUCACUGAACCAUUUUUAAACACGAUUCAAUUAGCUAGCCCACUACCUUGUCAUCUGGCUAUAUAAAAGUGUGAAACUCCAUAUUCUGUAACUAUUCUUUCUCUUUGUCAAGAGUGUGAUUAAGUCGUUUCCGUCAAUUUCAGCUCAACUUUAUUCAUUAUCAUGCCCAAAGGAGGUAGAAAAGGUGGCCAUAAAGGCCGCAUGAGAACCUACACAAGUCCUGAAGAAAUAGAUGCUCAGAUGAAAGCAGAGAAAGAACGAAAGAAGACUGAAGAGGAAGAAGGUGCAUCAGUGAUUGACAAUCAAAGUGAGGAGAAAUUGAGCGCAUCAGGUUCAGAGGACAGUGAUGAUGAAGUAUCUGGGAAAAGGAAGGGUGUUGAGGGCUUGAUAGAAAUUGAAAAUCCCAAUCGUUUGGCCCAAAAAGCAAAGAAAGUCACAGAAAUAGAACUUGAGCUUCCCAAACAGCUUUCCAGAAGAGAAAGGGAGGAGGUUGAAAAGCAGAAAGCUAAGGAGAGGUAUAUGAAAAUGCAUUUAGCAGGAAAGACAGAUCAAGCUAAGGCAGAUCUUGCUCGGCUUGCCAUUAUUAGAAAGCAACGGGAAGAGGCCUCCCGUAAAAAAGAGGAGGAACGCAAAGCAAAAGAAGCAGCACAGGCAGCAGCAGCCGCAGCAGCUAAAGGAAUUCAUUCAUUGUCUCUCAAAUAAUCUUGACGGUUUUGAUGCAUUUGUGGAGAGUAUUAGAUUAUGUUGACAAAAUUAUUUUUGAAGACAAAGCUUGAUGAUGUGUUAUGCUAUUUAAAACAUUGUAAGACAAUGGUUCUGUGGGAAAGGAUUCUUUCAGGGUGUAUUAACCCCGAAGCAAUGCCUUUGUGAGCCCUGAUGUUGUAAUGCUUGCUCUUGAUGAUAUUAGCAGUAUAAAUAUAUUUAUUAAUAUAUUAACAUGUAACGUGAGGAAUUUUGCUGUCUCAGUUUGGAGAAUUGUGGUAAAGAUGACUUAAUGUGUUCUCAGUUGUAAAGGAGCUGAGGUCAUUUUAGAAUGAUGUUCGGAAGGUAUUAAAAUAAUGUUAAGUAUAACAUCUAAUACCAAUAAAAAUAUCAAAACUUUUAUUGAAAAUGUAUUUGUAUCAUGUUGCAAUACAUUUACAACCACUGAAAAAAGAGACCACUCCAAAAAGAUUUUCAGUUUUUACGCUAUUAGGUAAAAUUAACAUUUUUUUUCAUUCUGUGAAUUAGUUUUCAUUUUUCAAUGUUUUUCAUUAGCAUCUAAUUGGAGAAAUUUGAAAUAGGACAAACAGAUCAAAAGAACAAAAAAGAUGUCAUGUUUGAAUCCUGAACAAAAUUUAUUUUAGGUUCAGUUCAGAAUUUAAUAUAUGAUUUUUUUCUAAACUUUCUUUGCAUUCUCUCGCUCUCUGGCAUUGCUUUUGGCUGACUUUUUCAUUCUUGAGGUUUAUUUGUUAAAAUCAAACAGAAACUAAAUUUGAAGUGCAACAAUACAUCUAGAAAUUAUAACUAAACUGGAGUGAUGUCUUAAUUUUCCAGUGGUUGUAUGUCUUAACAGUCUUAUUGCAACUGUUCAUAUAUUUACAAUAGAAUCACAUUAUAAUGUGACCCAGCAGAGAAAUAAGGUUUUUGGAACUGAAAGUUUUAUUCAGUUUAAAUUUAGUGCAUGCGAUUUUAUUAAAUCUUUAUAUUGGUCUUAGAAGUACACAAAUAAUAUCCUCUAGGUACCAUUAACAAUGAAAACUUACUAGGCAAAGAUACGCCUGGCGUUAAAAUAAUGAAAGUACUUUUCUAUGGUAAUGAAAUGAUCAGCAGUAGACGCGCACUGUUGCUGACCCCGUUCUUCAUUAAGCAUACAGUGGGUCACCACGUGUUGCCGUUGUAUAGAAUUUACUCAGCCAGAUGCUUAAAGAUUUCUAUUUUUCCCAAAAUAAAGCACAAAAUAAGUA